AUGCAUCUAUCCCUCCCAAAAUUAGCCCUGGCGGCCUUCUUCCUCGAAUGUGUCUAUGCCCACCCAGCGCAUUGGCUCCUCCAUCGCAAAAACAGGCGCGACGAGUAUUCGGGCGUGAAUUGGAACGAUCCUUCUCUCUACAAGAACGUAGAUUGGAGUACCGUCAACUACGGUGGCGGUUCCACUCCGACGCCAACCACUACUUCGACUCCCGCCGCUGCUCCGACUCCCGCGCAGGCUGCGCCAGUCGUCGAGGCCUCGCCCUCCCCAUCGCCCGCCGCAAAUCAAGGAUCAACAACCAGCAAUUCCGGCACCAGCAGCAACAGUAACUCCGGUACUACUACCAGCAGCUCUGGAAAGCGCGGUCUUGCUUACAACCCUAGCUCGGGAAAUCUCAACAUCUGGUCCAGCUACAGUCAACUAUCAUGGGGCUACAACUGGGACGACACGCCUCAAGGCCUCCCAUCGAAGUUCCAGUACGUUCCCACUUUGUGGGGCACUGCAUCCAUUCACUCAGACAACUGGGACUCGGCCGCCAAAGCCGCAACCUCUGGCUCCGGGCCCAACUACCUCAUGUCGUUCAACGAACCCGAUAAUGAAAGCCAAGCGAAUAUGGACGUCGGCUCCGCUGUCGCGGGCUUCAACCAGUAUAUGAAACCAUACGCCAGCGACAACGUGUUACUCGGCUCUCCGAGUGUGACUAACGGCGCCGGCACAAACGGCGCCGGGAUCCCCCAAGGACUCGACUGGCUUUCCCCCUUUCUAGAACAAUGCACAGGGUGCCCCAUAUCGUUCGUCCCAAUCCACUGGUACGGCUGCCAAAAUGGCUGCGCAGUCUCCUCCGACGUCAGCGACUUUCAAUCUCAUGUUCAGUCGGCGAUCGAAGCAGCUGUGAACCCAGCGACUGGGGAGAAGGUGCCGGUGUGGGUUACAGAGUUUCAAUCAUUUACGGAUCCAGAGAGCUUCCUUGGUGAGAUACUGCCCUGGUUGGAUGGGCAGAGUGGUGUAGAGAGAUAUGCUUAUUUCAUGGCUACGGAUGGGAUUCUUGUGAGUGGGGGAAGUGUGAAUGCGGUGGGGGCGAAGUAUGCUUCUUAG